GAAACCUUGACGUGCCCGCGAACGCCCAGCCGAAGCACAGCGACUUUCACUUGCCUCAUUGUAUACGCUUCAAUGCCAGUUGUACAAUCAACUUUUCCCGGGAUCGUCACUCAGUUGCAUCUUAAGCUCAAAACACAAUAUCACACACGGCACCCGGCACGACGCGCAGGUUCCUAGGUGGGUAGCGUGAGCGGAGGGAGCACCCAAUAAACAUGCGACAUUAGGGCACACCCAGCAGCGUACCCGGGCCAUGGCACCGUUUAACUUGCGCAAGAGGCUUGGCCUACGAGGAAGGUCGGCAGCGGAUCAGAACGAAACCAGGAUUCCUUCAGCAGAGGCACCGCCCGCCCCGGAUGUAUCGCUAACGGUACCGGGUCAAGCUGGCCCGUCGUUGGCACUUGAUGUUCAACGGAGUGUCUCCGUAUCUAGUCAGGACUCGAAGAAUCGGCGCAAAAGCAGAAGUCCAGUCCCCUCUUCGGCUCGAGACCCUCUGGGAUUACACUUGAUUUAUCGGCCUGAUAAUGCGGCCCCUAGGGUCGAUAUUGUUUUCAUACAUGGACUGGGCGGCACGAGCCAAUCAACCUGGUCCAAAAAUAGAGACCCAGAUCUAUUUUGGCCACAAAUGUUCCUGCCACUGGAGCAGGAUAUUUGUGACGCCAGGAUAUUUACCUAUGGCUAUAACGCAGAAGUGAUGAAGUCAAGCGCUCGAAGUACGACGUCAAUUCUUGACUUCGCAAAAAACCUGCUUUAUGAUUUGAGGUUUUUCGUCGACAAUGCGACAGCAAAUAUCAAUAUCGGCAACCUUCCCAUAAUAUUUGUGGCUCACUCCAUGGGUGGCUUGGUUGUGAAAGAGGCGUACAUACAGGGAGGCACUGAUCCUCAAUAUCAAGAUCUCAUCCGGAAUGUUACGGCAAUCUUGUUUUUGGCCACCCCCCAUCGUGGUUCGAAUUUUGCGGAGAUCCUGAACCGAAUUUUGAGUGUCUCGUUGAUAUCUGCGCCAAAAGAGUAUGUGAAUGAUUUGACGAAGAACUCAGCAACACUUCAGAGGAUCAAUGAGACUUUUCGACACGUCGUCAAGGGACUGGAUAUUGUUUCGCUCUAUGAAACCAAGCCCACUCGAAUUGGAUUUGAUGGGAAUCGCAUCUUGGUUGUGGAGAAAGAUUCUUCCAUCUUAGGAUACCCCGGAGAGAUUUCCAAGGGACUUGAGGCAGACCAUCACACAGUCUGUAAAUAUGACGAUCGCGAGGAUCCCAACUAUCUGACUGUUCGCAACUUCAUAAUGAAACAGAUGAGCAACUUGGAUCCCAGACAGAAAGGGGGUUCAAGAGCAUCUGCAACAUCGGCAUCUCCAGCGGAUAUACGUGAGCUGGAAACUCUGUUCUCCAUAACCGAUGCCACAGACACCGAUUUCAUAGCAUGCCGUGACCGUUGGACUCCAGGAACAUGCGAAUGGAUAUUGUCCAAUUCAAGCUUUAUCCGUUGGCUAGAUGACCCAGAUCCAGAUGCCAGGAUCCUUUGGUUGCAUGGUGCUGCUGGUUGCGGCAAAUCAGUCAUGACAUCCUUUCUGGUCAACCAUCUCGUGGAAGAUGACAGGCGUUGUCAGUUUGCUUUUGUUCGAUUUGGCGACCAGGUCAAGAGCUCACUCAGUAUGAUGUUGCGUACGCUUGCCUUUCAAGUGGCUCUGGUAUCGCCAGUCUUUCGUCAAGAGAUCAGCAAGGGAGCUUCAUUCUUGAAACGUGGUGCUGAGGCCUCAGCCAUCUGGCAGCGAGUCUUCAAAAAUACCUUGUUCAAGUCAAAAUUUCAAAAUCCGUUGUAUUGGAUCAUUGACGGCUUAGAGGAAUCCGACAAUCCACGUGCUGGCGUCAAGAUGUUGAUCGAUGUGUUAGGCACAUCGGUCCCUCUCAGAGUCUUGAUACUCAGCCGUCGGACUCCAGAUAUUGACGCCGAGUUCAAGAAGAUUCCAGAGGACGCCAAAUGGGAUGCUGUCUCGAUCGAUGGCCAAAAGGAUGAUCACAGGAUAUUUGUUGAGAACGAAUUAGAAUGGUCUGAGAUACCCGAGUUCAAGGAAAGCAUCACAAGGCAGCUGCUCGACCAGUCCCAUGGAAGCUUCUUAUGGCUGCGCCUGACAGUAGAGCGAAUCAACAAAUGCAGGACUACCGAAUCAGCUGAACAAGCCAUGCGCGAGCUGCCAACCCGCAUGGAAGAGCUCUACGACCGAAUGGGCGACUCCAUCUUGGAUCAAGAACCAACAGACAGGUCCCUGGCAUGCCAUAUUUUGGAGUGGGUCACUUGUGCUGUCCGCACCCUGAGCGUCACGGAGUUGAGUGAGGCGUUGGGGUCACAGUACCAAGCCAGAUCUCUUACUGACCCUUGCGCUGGUUUCGUCUCGGUUGAUAACUUUGGGAAUGUUACCCUAAUCCACCAGACAGCCAAGAAGUACCUACUUAAUUCAAGCGGUCGGCCAUUUUCCAUCGACAGAGCCGCAGCGCAUGAACGCAUUGGUUUACAAUGUUUGCAGUGCCUCAAGAAGACUGGCCUGCGGAGAGAUAUAGCCAAAGAUUCUGAGCCUUCCCUGUUGGCGUAUGCAGCCAAGUACUGGUCAACUCAUCUGACAGCUACCAACACUGAGAUAUCAAAAAGGUUGUUAGAAUCUGUCGUACAAUUUCUUCGCAGUACUUCUACUUUGACCUGGAUCCACGCCGUCUCCAAAGUCAAACAACUGCAUAUCUUGGUUCACGCUUCGUCCAAUCUAGCGUUACUGGCGAAAAGACUCUCUAGAUCUGACGUUGAAAGAAUGCCUCUGGAUCGUCGAACAGAUGAGAAGGAGUUCAUUGAUUCGUGGGCGGUCGACUUGGGAAUGAUUGUUGGUAGGUUUGGCAGUCAGCUGAUUCACAUGCCCGAGAGCAUCUACAAGACUAUUCCCCCAUUCUGCCCGCCAGAAUCUGCCAUUUUCAAACAAUUCGGGCACAGGCAAAAGGGUUUCUUGUCCAUCGGCUACUUUUCCAAUGCCACUUGGGGUGACUCUUUGGGCCAGCUGUCCCUCAGACGAGAGGAGACUGCAACAGCACUGGUUACGGAAGGCCAAUGGAUAGCAGUCUCUGUCGACCUUGAAGGCAGAGUCAGCAGAGUGGUGAUUUACCAUGCUUCCACCUUCCAGCAAGCCCGCCGCUUAGAAAUUGGUGAGCGAGUCCGAAAGAUGCAAGUCAAUUCACUGGGUACACUACUUGCCACCUGUGGCCUUCGCACUACCAAGGUCUGGAACAUCGCAACCGGUGCCUGUGUUACAUCUGCUGCGAGUCCGCGCUUGCGGCCGCGCCCUAUGACUAUGGUAUUUUCCAAGGAUGAUGGAAGCGUCCUGAUUGGUACUGACGACCGUCGUGUCUGGAUGAUGUCGCUGUCGUCACGUGAAUCCAAGGUCGCGGAAGUGACGCGGGUCAUGCAGAAAAAUGCAGGAGGGCGGUCAGUAAACUCACCGACGUGCAUGGCGAUGAGCCCAGACGGCCAGCAAGUAUGCCUCGGGUAUCGAUCCAGUCCACUGGCGAUCUGGGAGACAGAUCUGGCGGAAGAAGUCGCCCGCCAGGAUGAGCUUGAGGACGUCGCCGAGAUAUUGUGGCACCCAUUCAGCGGAGAGAUUUUCGGACGACAGGCCACUGGAUACAUCUUCAAAUGGGAUCCGGAUAGAAGCGGUCUCGCAAGACAGCGGUCUGAGGUAUCAAUUAUGGCAAUCAGCUCCGAUGGUGCACUAUUGGCCGUUGGUAGCCACAAGGGCACUUUCAAAAUCCUCAGCACCUCUGACAUGACGGUCAUUCAUCAAGGGGUUUCUGAGCACCCCGUGCUCGAUCUGGCAUUUAGUGGCGACAACAAGCAACUCUACGACGUGCGCGCGAAAUACGGGAAUGUAUGGCAACCUAACUCUCUUCUAAGAUUUUCGGAACCAUCGACCCCACUGAGCGACGGUGUGAGUGUUUCAGGCAACUCGGCCCGGACGGCUUCGUCAGAGGAGACGCGGUACGAGUUUCUGGACCCCAUAUCCGCGGUCGCGCCUCAAAAACGUGGCUCUUUGAUAUGCUCAGGCAGUGCCAGAGGCUCCCUCACUAUUUACGAUACCAAGCAAUUGAAACAUCGAACUCUGGAGAGUUUAACCACGUUUGGAAUUGAGCAGAUAGCCUGGAGUGAUGACGGAAGAUUUAUCUGCUUUGGUGACCUUGGUCGCAUGAUCACCAUCCUCGCCCUCACUGGGGACCAGAGUGACAUUGAUGGCAUGAACAUCGAGAUGAUGUUUAGGCGGUCCUUGAGCCUGAGCGACAACAUGACGCAAAUUAUCUUCAACCACGACGCAGCCAUGAUACUGGUAUCUAGUCGGACCCGUGCGGUUGUCAUUUCGCUGGCAGAGCAGAAGACGGUCUCGGAGCUAUGCCUGGACAGUGACAACGGCAUGUGGACAGCGCAUCCGACUCAGCCAGACUCUGUUGUCUUCAUCUGUCCCUGGAUAGUCACGAUCCAUGACUGGGCCAUGCUGUCGAAGACUGGAUCAUUCUCAAUUUCUGCCGCUACCCAAGACAAUUACUACACCUGCGGCCCUGAAGUGCACAAUGAAGACUUGUACAUUGCGCGCGACAAUGCAAAGCAGCAUGUACAUGAAGAAGAAUCUGCUACUUCAGUGUCAAGCGAUUCUAAUAUACAAGCUACAAUCGAGCGCCUGGUCAUGGCUCCGUCGACGCAUUACCUGUUAGUCGAGGCGUCAACUGUCGUUCAGGGACAACAGCGCAACAUCAUGUAUCUCCUAGACGGCAAGCACUUCAAAAAAACUGGGGAAGAACAAAACACCUCUCAAGACAGCUUCAGUGUCUCAGAUACAGCUGCCCUACUAGAGCUCCCAAUCGCACUUAGCAGUCGAGUGGACCGCCCGCUAGUUUUUCUCGGUGAAAUGCAAGCCAUGCAAGAUACCCUGGUCUUUCUGGACUGUCAUCACUCGAUUUGCACCUGGAGUAUACCAGCAGGCAUUUCGCAAGCCAAUGGGCUGUCGAUAAAUGCGCUCAAACAUUCCGCCUCAGGUUCAAUUUAUCGGCGCGACUCUCAGGCCUCGACUCUUCACCCGCAGUCUCACCGCGCUACGGACUUUGCUGACGAGGCCGUUGUUGCGCAUUACGGCCUCCCUGGGGACUGGGUCAGCCCAGAAUGCGUGUGCUUAAUGCAGGCAUGUCCCAACGGGACCCUCUUAUGUCUGCGAAAUGGUGAGAUAGCUGUUGUUCGCUGCGCUGGAUUCAAUACACAAUGAUUAGAUUACCGUCACAAUGCAGGGACGGAGUGGAUAGCACAGCCUGUCCAGCCGCUAGUGCGCAGAAUAAAGCUCGGGUAUUGACGGUCGACUGAUAUUUAGUGGCGUAGCUGUCGU